AUGAAUUAUUUUUCAUUAAUAUUCCUAUUAAUUCUUAUUCCUAUUAUUUCAUGUAAUUCAAUAUAUUUUCAUUCCGAAACUCGUUCAACACGCCUAGUUAAUCGUACAUUAUUUGGUUCAACAACUGAAUGUAGUAUACGUUUAGGUGGAAAACAAUUUACAUUGAAAUUUUAUCGAAUGAUCACAUGUCGUUAUGUUGAAAAUAUUUCCACUAUUUACCCAUAUUUAUUAAAAUAUUCUCAUGAUAUAUCAACAUUAGAAAUAACAGAUUCAACUAUAAAAAAUUUCAAUAUAAAACAAUAUGCAAAAGUAUUUCGUAAAUUUGAAUUUUUAAUAUUUCAUCGAACAACAAUUGUAACAAAACAAUUAUGUCCAUUUAAUUCUUUAUCAAAAAAUUUAUUAUAUUUACAUUUAACACGUGUAUCACCUAGUUUAGAUAAAUUAUUUUCUAAUUCAACAUGUUUAAUUAUGAAACGUCUUCAUGUUCUUAUACUUGAUCAUACAGAUUUAGGUAAUGAAAAUUUAUUAAUUGAAAAAUUUCCUAAUUUACAUAUAUUACGUUUAAAUUUUUCAUCAUUUAAUCAUCCAUUAAAUUAUACAUAUAUUCGAUCGUUUUCUUAUUUACAAGAUUUUUUAUUAAAAGUUAAUGAUGAUUGUCAUCGAUGUGAAUAUGAAUGGUUAAAAUAUGCAACACGAGAUAAUAAAUAUGUACUUUUUCAUAUUAGUACAAAUUCUGGUUGUAUGGAUUGGAAUAGAGAUGGAAAAUUUCUAAAAUGGCAACAUGCACCACUUUGUGGUACAUGUUCAUUACCAUUAAUUAUUAAU